CUAUAUUUUCCUUUUUGUUUUCCUUUUCUUUGGUUUAGGCAACUUCACUUUCCUUUUCUUUCCUUAAAUUAAAUUUAAUAUAAAUUAGGACCCCACCCACAAGAUGCGCUAAUUCCUGAACUAGAUCCCCUUUGUAUACAAACAAUGCCAUAGACAUGUCCAAGUCUAGAUAGGUUGCGACUUAUCCUUUGGAUUGUGGACAGAAAUACGAAGUCAAAUACACACAAGUCAUUUAUAUCUACUUCAGCUUUUCGUUUCCGAGCAUUUUGUACAGCUCAGUUACAUUAUAUUAUACUUCAGUGAUGGCAGAUAUGAAUAUUAACGAAGUGAACAGUUUGCACGACACUCGAAUUUCGGACUAUAACAUCUUUCUCAGCACGAUCAGCAAGAGACGGACCACACCUGCUUUAAGAGCCAGCUAUGAUAUGAUGAGCAAAGACGCCAUUUUCCUGUCCCGGGGUAAUCCCAAUCCAGAGACAUUCCCCAUUAUCGAGUCUACGUUAACACUCAGGGAUGGCGGCAAACUGCAUCUAGCAGGAAUCACGAUGGAAGCGGCUAUGCAAUAUGGUUCUUCUGCUGGUGACCCCGAGUUCAGAAAAUGGCUGAUUAAGCUACAGCGUCAACUGCACAACCCACCGACACUGGACGAUAGCAGACGACCCAGCAGUCUUGAUGUUAUUAUCAACACAGGAUGUUCAGAAGGAAUUUUCAAGGUUAUGACUGCCACUCUUAACAGUGGGGAUGCGGUCCUGACCGAGGAAUACACUUUCCCUCUUCUCUUUAGUACUAUCGUUCCACUCGGAGCUAGAGCAGUAGCAGUAGUUUCAGACGACCAAGGAAUGAUCCCUUCCAUGCUGGAAAAGAUCUUAUCAACCUGGAAUGAAAAGACAAACGGGAAGCGCCCUCAGGUCUUGUACUGCGUCACUUCCGCCAGCAACCCAACUGCAAUCACGUGGUCACUAGCGAGAAAACGCGAGAUCUAUAAAAUAGCACAUAUGUACAACAUACUGAUUGUUGAAGAUGACCCAUACUACAUGCUGCAGUUCAACACGACAAAGGUUCCAACCUUCCUGUCUCUUGACGUGGAUGGCCGAGUAGUUAGACUGGACUCGUUUUCCAAGGUUAUAUCAGCAGGAGCACGACUAGGCUACAUUAGCGGUCCACGGCAGUUCCUGCAUAAGAUUGUGCAGCACAUGAUGUGUUCAGUAAUCAGUGCCAGCAACCUGUCGCAGGCGGUUGUCUUCCAGACGAUCCAGCGCAUGGGACAUGAUGGUUUCAUAAAGCAUGUAGAGAACGUUCGUGACUUCUAUCAAAGAAGAGCUAGCAUGGCCAAUCAGAUGGCCGAAAAGCAUCUUAAAGGUCUGGCCGAAUGGGUAAUGCCUACCGGUGGAAUGUUUCUGUGGAUAAAGCUCCUAAACAUAAAAGACAGCUCCAAGGUGACGGAGAAGGCUGCAAAACACGGGGCAGUAUUCAAUGCCGGGUUUUGUUUCUGUUUUGACCAGACGCUUUCCAGUUACAUCAGAGCAGCUUACUCCAUAGUCGCCGAUGACCAGAUGGACAAGGUGCAUCUUCAUUUCCUUAUUACUUAUAUUUGUGCUUAUAAUCCUAUUAAGGUUCUGGUUGAUAGCGAUGACGGAUACGUUUCUGUGAUGACUUCCUUCUGUGAACAGGUCGGUGAUCCUUGA